GAAGCCGCGGCAUAGAGUGCGACACCGUGCCGCGCGCCGUGUGUCGCGUGUUGCCACAUCACCACCGAAUCGCUUCGAAUUUCGAAGCGUGUUUUCGGUGUAGAUCGCGCUCGCGCCGACUACUCGCUCGCCGCGCGUUACGUGGAGACCGUGAGUGUGCCUGGGCCCUGUCUGCUGCCGCGUUACAGCCAACAUGUCAACCUACUCGUGAGCGCGCCUCGCGACUUCCUCGUCCGCCACCGCCACUUGAGAAACCUGAAGAGAUACGCGAAGCCCGAGCGCAAGUCGACCGACGAAACCCGACCACGAAAGCGCGCGCGGAACGACGAGGACGAGCGCAAAUCAUCGACGUACGAUCGACCAGUUCCGCCGUCCCGAUUCUUCUCACGGCGAGGACACCGUGCGGCACCAUGAGCGCACCGCAGGCACCAGUGAAACUGAGGAAUGGAGUGGUGAAACAGGUGACAUCUGGAGACACCGUUGUUAUCCGUGGACAGCCCAUGGGAGGCCCGCCACCUGAGAUGACGAUUACUCUGUGCAACAUUACUGCUCCAAAAUUAGAACGCUGGAAAGGGAACGAUAGCACCGAUGAGACCAAAGAUGAGCCUUACGCUUGGGAAGCAAGAGAAUUCUUACGCAGAAAGCUGAUCGGUCAAGAUGUCACCUUUGCCACGGAGAAGUCAGUUAACACAGCCAGGACGUAUGGAACAGUCUGGCUGGGAAAAGACAGAAAUGGCGAGAACGUGAUCGAAACUCUGGUGUCCGAGGGUUUGGUGACUGUGAAAAAGGACAACCGCAAUCCCACAGCCGAGCAGCAACGAUUGGUCGAGUUGGAGAACAUGGCGAAGGCCGCGAAGAAAGGAAAAUGGUCGGACUCGCCGGCCUCCGAGCACAUACGGGACAUCAAGUGGACCGUCGACGAUCCGCGAAAAUUGGUCGAGAAGUUUGGCAAGAAACCGAUCAAAGCCGUGAUUGAAUUCGUCUUUGAUGGCUCGACCGUGAAGGCGUUCCUACUGCCCGAUUUCUACAAUAUAACGCUGAUGAUAUCGGGCGUUCGUUGCCCUGGUUGGCCCAACGGACGUCGCGAGAAUUCCGUCGGCGAUCCCUACGCGGACGAGGCGCGAUACUUCGUGGAGUCGCGGCUCUUGCACAGAGACGUCGAGAUAGUGCUAGAGUCGGUCAACAACAACAACUUCAUUGGCAGCAUUAUUCAUCCGAAAGGAAACAUCGCUGAGAUCUUGCUGAGCGAGGGUUUCGCGAAAUGCCAAGAUUGGUCGAUCAGUAACAGCAGAUCCGGCGCGGAGAAGCUGUACCUCGCGGAGAAGGCCGCGAAAGAGGCACGUCUGCGAUUGUGGAAAGACUACAAACCGUCCGGCCCGCAGAUUGAGUUCACCGGUACCGUUGUCGAGGUCGUCAACGCGGACGCGCUCAUCAUCCGCACUCAGAACGGAGAGAACAAGAAGGUAUUCCUCAGCAGCAUUCGGCCGCCCACUCGCGAGAAGAAGAACACCGAGGACAGCAACAACACUGCUCGACCGAAGGACUUCAGACCUCUCUACGACAUCCCGUGGAUGCUGGAGGCGCGGGAAUUCCUGCGCGAAAAGUUCAUCAGGAAGAACGUAAAAGUGGUGGUUGAUUACACGCAGCCCGCCAGGGAUAACUUCCCGGAGAAGCUGUGCUGCACUGUAACCUGCGGUAAAACGAAUAUCGCGGAGGCAUUGGUCGCUCGGGGUCUCGCGCGAGUCAUCAAGUACAGACAGAAUGACGACCAGCGUUCCUCUCACUACAAUCUCCUGCAAGUCGCGGAGAGCAAAGCGGAGAAAUCGCAGCACGGAUUACACGCGAAGAAGGACAUUCCAGUUCACAGAAUAGUCGACCUCUCGAACGAUCCCUCGAAGGCGAAGGCGUUCCUGACGUCGCUGAAACGCGCGCAGGGAAUCCGAGCGGUGGUCGAGUUCGUGACGAGCGGCUCGCGCCUGAAGCUCUAUCUCCCGAAGGAGGACUACGUUAUCACGUUCGUGCUGGCUGGAAUAAGAACGCCGCGCUGCCAGAGAACGCUGCCCGGCGGCGGCGUGGUGAAAGCCGACGAGUACGGCGAGAAGGCUCUGGCGUUCACGAAGGAGCACUGCUUCCAGCGGGACGUAGAGAUCAAAAUCGAGAACACGGAAACGAAGUUGAGCGGUUUCAUCGGCUGGCUGACGGUGAACGACGUUAACAUGUCGGUUGCUCUGGUCGAGGAGGGUCUCGCCGAAGUGGUGAAUUUCCCAGAUUCCGGCGAGCUCACGAGAACGCUCAAGGCUGCGGAGGAACGCGCAAAGGCGAAAAAGCUCAACAUCUGGAAGAACCGCGUCGAGGCACCGGUGGAGACCGACAAGAUCGUGGACGAGAAGGAAGUGCAGGAGCGCAAGAUCGAUUACCAGAAGAUCGUGAUAUCCGAGGUGACGGACGAUCUUCACUUCUACGCUCAGUUCGUCGACCAGCGUAGCCUGCUGGAGAACAUGGUGCAGCAACUGCGCCAGGAGCUGGCGGCGAACCCGCCGCUUCCGGGCGCCUACAAGCCGACCAGGGGAGAUUUGGCAGUCGCGAAAUUCAGCGGCGACGAUCAGUGGUACCGCGUGAAAACGGAGAAGGUCUCCGGCACCAACGUUAGCGUGUUCUACGUCGAUUAUGGUAACCGGGAGACCCUGAAUGUCACGCGGGUCGCCGAUCUGCCCGCGCGCUUCGCGACUGACAAGCCAUACGCUCACGAGUACGCGCUCGCGUGCGUCACUCUUCCGAGUGAUACUGACGAUAAGAGGGCAGCGGUGGACGCGUUCAAAGACGACGUGCUGGACAAAAUACUGCUGCUAAAUCACGAGCACAAGCUCGGCAACAACGUGAACGCCGUGACGCUGGUACACGUCACUUCAAACGAGGACAUUGGAAAGGGACUCAUCUCUGACGGAUACUUGCACGUCCAGAAGCACCGCGAUAGGAGACUCACCAAACUGAUUGAGGAGUACAAGAAGGCGGAGGAGGAUGCGAAGCACAACCACCGCAACAUCUGGAUGUACGGUGACGUGAGGCCGGAGGACGACGACAAGGAGUUUGGCUUGUAAUUGGCCGUAAAACGUGCUCAAUGAGGGAAGCAUUACCGAAGUGGGGAAAAAAUAACAAAGCGGACGGAUCAUGUUACAAAAGAAAGACGAAACAUCAUGAGUAUAUAUGAUACUUUGUGCUCAUAGGCAACAAAAAAAAGAGAUGUAAGAACGAUUAUUAUUGUCGAUAUCGAGGGAAGCUACAUGUCGCGCAACGUCAGUCGCAACGUAAUUACAUAUACUUCAGUAUAUGAAAAGAGAAUCUUUUUGUACAUAAACGAUCUUGAUAAUUUCUGCAUUAAUGCAUAAUAAUGCAAUGAACAAAGUGCGCAAUAUAAGGACGAUCCUCGAGCGGAAUCCUGCAGCGCCGCGGGCAUCGCCGUGGUAUCCCCGUUGACAUGAAAUUUAUUUGUUAACGGUGCCACGCGGCACGGAUCGCUCGGGGACACCGACGUUUUUACGGUACCGCGGUGAAAAAUCUUCAGUGUGCAAUGCAAAUUCGACACGUUAGAUACGUUUAAUCGUUUGCUUUCUCCCACAGAUACACAGCGAUCAUGUUUGACUCAUGCGUGCUAUUAUUUCCAAGUUUUGAUAUAUGCGAGGGAUGAUCAUGUAGCUGUAGACUUUGUAAUCGCAAAUCCGGAUCGGGCGCUGCUGCUUGAAACAGAAAGGAUAGGACGAAUUCAUAUCAGCGGAGAAUUAUUAGAAUAUUUUCAAUUAAAGCGACAUCGGUAACGUUGUCAUCCGAGACGGAUGCGAGGUUUUCAACUCCUGAAUGACGUGUGUGUGUAUGUGUGCGCGCGCGCGCAUGAAUUCAGCAUAAUAAAGUAAACUGGGGUUAUUAUAUUAAUUAUUAUUCGUAAUAAUAAUGCGGAGAAAGGUACCGUACAACUAUGCCAUCCUUCUCUCGUGACUCCAUCACCACCUCUCUUUCUUUCUUUCUUUUUUUUUCGACGGAUUUCACAUUAUACGUGUACGCAUUUUACAUGCAUAAAUGAAUUUGAUAUAUUAAUGUACUUACGAGAAGUCAUUUAUUAUGCAGUCGUCCUGAUAGAUCAGCUCUACAAAUUGCAGUACAACAGAUAAUGAAAUUUUUAAAUGUUCGAGAUAUUAUUACGAUAAACGAAUGUUAUUACUGUGCGUUCGGACAAACCAACUCGCAAUUUUCUACAAUACAAAUAUAUACGUAUGUUAUUCCGUGCACCACAGAAUGAAACUGCAUGCCUAGAAUCAUUAUAUUAGGGUAUAAUGUACGUCUCUCCUUUUUUAUUUGAACACCCUUUUAAUUACGCUCAAACGGUUGCUUCGGAAUUCCUUGAGCGCUUUGUGGCGUCGGUCCUGUCUGUGGUAUUUUGUUUACGAUAUACGUUAUUCGAUAUACACUGGUUUUGUAAAUAAAAUCCUUUAUAUUGAGUAUCCAUACACACAAACACACACACACACACACACACACUGCCCGUUUACACACACGCAAUAUAUAGCGUCAGAAAGAUAAAUAUUUGUUUCGAUGAUUGUUUUUAGGAAUUUGAUGGUUUUUAGGAUGCAUAAGAUUUUAUGGACGUUCCUGUUACAUAUUCAAUUAUAUGAUUCUUUGCGCAUUAUCGUUAUAUGUAGUAAUGAUAUCUUGUACUUUACACCUCUACAAUAACAGAAUAUAUCGAAUAAUCACAACAGAGAGCAUCAUAAUCAUGUUACAAAAAAAAUGUCCGAAACGAUAAUUAAAAAAGAUUGAA